AUGAUGCAGCAGAUUCUUCAGGAUAUGUAUAUAGAGCCUGAGCUGUUGUCUGAACUCAACGAAGAGCAGAAACAGAUCCUCUUCUAUAAGAUUCGGGAGGAGCAGGUGCGGCACUGGAACGAGAGGGAGAGAAGAAACCCCAGCCAUGCUUUGAAAAAAAAGAGCAACCGCAGAGGCAUUCAGUGGCUUCUGGGCUCAGAUGGAGAGGUGUGGGUAUGGGUAAUGGGGGAGGCCCCGGGGGACAAGCUCUUUGAAGACAUUGUGGUAGAACUGAUGGAGGAGAGAGCCAGGAAGCAGGCCCAGCAAGAGGCACAGGAACUCCGGCGUGUGAAGGAGGCAGAGAUUGAAAAGAAGUUUCGAGAUGCCAUGGCGAAGGAAAAGGCUCGGUUCAUGGCAGAAAAAUGGAAGGAGGAGACAGAUGACAGAAAGGCAGCCAAGCAUGAAGAAGAGGAAGAUCGCAUUAGAGAGGAACUGAAGCAAUGUGAGGAGGAUGAGAGACAGCAAGGCGAGGAAGAAAUCCGCCAAACAGAGGAGAGGAGAGCAAAGGAGCUGUACAUCUCUCUGAAGCAGGAGGAAAAGAGAAGCGAGAGAUAUGACAAAGAAUGGCAGGAACAAUUGCGACGCUCCAAGGUGGCGGAUGAGGAGAUGAAGUGCAAGGCACGAUGGGCUAGAGAUGAAUAUAAGCGCCAGUCUCUGCGGGGCAUCGAGAAGGGCCUGGUGGCUGGACUCAGCGGCCUGUUCCAUAAGAUACACCUGAACGGAUCGGUCACUGAACAUUUAACCCCUCCAGCUGAGGCCACCCAUUCACCUGCAGCUAGUUCUGGUCAACUUACCUCAGUUUGGAUUCGUCCACCUAGACCGAACUCUCGUGAGUCCAUUAUCCACUGGUUUAAAGAUGAGCAGAGACCAAGACGAGCGGGAUAUGAGCGAAGUAGCAAUACCAUCGCACCCUGGUUCCACGGAAUAAUAUCACGGCAGGAGUCAGAGGCUUUGCUAGCUAAUGCGGCAGAUGGCUUUUUCUUGGUCAGAGUGAGUGAACGGAUCUGGGGCUAUACACUGUCCUACCGCACCACCUCAGGCUUUAAGCACUUCCUCAUCGACGCAUCGGGUGAUUAUUACAGCUUCCUAGGUGUAGACCAGAACCGUCACACCACCUUAGCUGACCUCAUUGACUUCCAUAAGGAAGAAGUGAUCACCACGUCUGGUGGAGAACUACUCCAGGACCCCUGCAGGCAGAGAAGCUCUACAGCUGACUAUGGAGGGCUUUUUCAGUGAUGGUUUCCCUUGUUGUGAAUCUCAAUUUGGCUACCAUAUCUCUUGCCUUCACAUCCUUUCAACAGCAUGGCACAGCUUUUAUCUAGUCUGCCAAGUUUCUUCUGUCAAAUGUAAAUAAACACUUUUUA